AUGGCUGUGAAGCCAGUUGUUACUAAGAAAGAUGAUGAUCAUGAUGACAAGGGUGACGAUGACAAAGAAGAGAAAGUGAGUAACUUGGGCUUGAGGGAGUUAAUUGAUUUGGGGGAAACGGGUAGUCGUCGGAUUCUUCAUCGGAACAUUAAUUCUGGAUCUCCAAGGUUUUAUAUUUAA